CAACAUUGAAUGUUACUACUACAAAUUUGGAUCCUGUGCAAAGGCCCCGGCAAGACAGCUGCCACGCAUCGAUCUCAUUGGGCGUUGAUGUGAGCCCCAUGGUUUCGGCCAAUGGAAUGCUCUGAUAUGACACCGCUGCAUCGAACAGCCUUUACGGUCUGUUACACCCACGAACUAGCCGACACGUGUCCUCGCGGCACCCUCGAAACGGUGGGCGGCGGCCACUUUUGGUUUGACCCAGCCGCCAUGCGUCAUUGAUGCACGUGAGAUAUUGGAGCCGCGGGUCCCACGUCUGCCAACCCCGUCUGCUCCAAGAGAAUCGUCCCACCCCAGUCGUGCAUCCCCAGACGGGUAUAAAAGGCCGAGACCCCAACGUUGGACUUCCGCUAACGGAACUCGUCCCCCUUCACACACACACACACACGCUCUCUCUCUCGAUGGGUUCCACGAAGACCUCCUUCCGAGGUUCCGAAUCCUCAUCGAUAUCCACAGCCGGAUCGCAGGAGGAAUCUCUCCCCUUCGACGUGAACGACGCCGGUGAGAUGCUCCUGUUCGACAUGCUCAUCGAGUCCGCCAUGACCACGAAGACGUCGACGGGCAAAGAGGCGGAGUCGAAGGGCCCGACGGCGAGCGGGAAGAGCUACCGAGGGGUAAGGAGGCGGCCGUGGGGCAAGUUCGCGGCGGAGAUCAGGGACUCGACGCGGCAGGGGGUGCGGGUGUGGCUGGGCACGUUCGACAGCGCGGAGGCCGCCGCCCUGGCCUACGACCAGGCGGCGCUGUCGAUGAGGGGGGCGACGGCGGUGCUCAACUUCCCGGCGGAGCGCGUGCGGGAGUCGCUGCGGGGACUGGAGCUGGCGAAGGACGGGUGCUCCCCGGUGGUGGCGCUGAAGAAGAAGCACUGCAUGAGGAGGAGGAGGAAGAGAAAGGUGAGGGAGUCGAGUGGGGAGGGCGUAGUGGAAUUAGAGGACUUGGGAGUGGAGUUCUUGGAGGACCUCUUGGGGCUAUCAGGGCUUGCGAGUCAGUGAUGAGAAGCUCAUAGUUUUGCCCAACCUUAUGAUAUUUUAAAUAUAUUAAUAUGGAUAUUAAGUUGACUGUCAA